CCCGCCGCAUUUUCACCUACCAUUCAUGUAAUAAUUAGAACAUGCUUGACUGAACCUAAAUGAAAUUAGGAACUUCUGUUAAUCAAUUUUCUCCAACUAUAAUUCAAUGGCAACUUCAUCUCCCAGCUCUUGCUUGCCAAUCCAAAACCACCAAAGCUGCUAUCGAAAACCAAAUUUCUCUCCCAGCUCAAUUACGAAACCAAAAAUUAGUCGAUUCACAAAAAAAAUUAAUGGAAUUCGACCGAUAAAGCUCUCGUCAUCCUUGGAGUGUAGUUUUAAUGAUUGCGGGAAGAAACUAAAGGUAAUGGGGGAAGCAGAGAGCGGGGGAAUUGAAGCCAGCAGUGUUGUUAAAGACGAAUUGUUCGUGAGCUUCUUUCGCGAAUCAUGGCCGUAUUUUCUGGCACACAGGAACAGCACCUUCGUUCUUCUAAUUUCUGCUGAAAUAGUUGAUAGCCCUCAUUUGGAUCCCAUUCUCAUGGAUAUUUCUUUGCUUCAUGGACUGGGUAUCAAGUUUGUUUUAGUUCCAGGGACCCAUGUCCAAAUUGAUAAAAUUUUGUCUGAAAGAGGCCGUGAGCCCAAAUAUGAUGGUCGCUAUAGAAUCACAGACUCUGAUUCUCUCAAGGCUGCAAUGGAUGCAGCCGGGAGAAUUAGAAUUAUGAUCGAGGCAAAGUUAUCGCCUGGACCUUCCUUAAGUGGUGUCCGUCGACAUGGAGACUAUAGUCGGUUAUAUGAUGGUGUUAGUGUUGCUAGUGGUAAUUUCCUAGCAGCUAAGAGAAGAGGUGUUGUUGAUGGCAUUCAUUAUGUGUCAACUGGUGAAGUUAAGAAAAUAGACGUUUCUCGCAUUCGUGAGAGGCUAGAUCAAGAUUGUAUAGUGCUUCUUAGCAAUCUUGGUUAUUCAAGUUCUGGAGAAGUAUUAAACUGCAACACGUACGAAGUUGCUACAGCUUGUGCAAUGGCGCUUAGAGCUGAGAAACUUAUUUGCAUCAUAGAUGGACCAAUUCUGGACGAAUGUGGGCGUCUUAUUCGUUUCUUAACUCUUCAAGAUGCAGACAUGUUAAUUCGAAAGCGAGCUAAGCAAAGUGAGACAGCCGCUAAUUAUGUUAAGGCAGUUGACCAGGAAGAUUUUAGUGGUCUAGGAUAUAUUACCUCAAAUGGAAAAGUCCCAUCGCAAAAAGAGGAGUCUUUUACUAAGAGUUAUACUCCAAUAUUUCAGAAUGGAGUUGGUUUUGACAAUGGCAAUGGACUUUGGUCCAGUGAACAAGGUUUUGCCAUUGGAGGUCAAGAAAGGCUGAGUAGAUUAAAUGGUUACCUUUCAGAAUUAGCUGCUGCUGCUUUUGUUUGCAGAGUAGGUGUCCAAAGAGUUCAUCUUUUGGAUGGCACUGUUGGUGGAGUUUUACUGAAGGAAUUGUUUCAAAGAGAUGGGGUUGGUACAAUGGUGGCUAGUGAUCUUUAUGAAGGAACCCGAAUGGCCAAAGUCACAGAUAUUUCAGGAAUAAAACGACUUUUGCAACCUUUAGAAGAGUCUGGCACUUUGAUUAGGAGGACUGAGAAAGAGCUACUUGAGGCAUUGGAUUCAUUCAUAGUUGUCGAAAGGGAAGGUCAAAUCAUAGCUUGUGCUGCCCUUUUACCUUUCUUUGAAGAGAAGAGCGGGGAGGUUGCUGCUAUUGCUGUUUCUCCUGAUUGUCGAGGCCAAGGACAGGGAGACAAGUUACUUGAUUACAUCGAAAAGAAGGCAUCUUCCCUUGGAUUGCAAAUGCUUUUCUUACUGACAACUCGCACAGCAGAUUGGUUCGUAAGGCGUGGGUUUUCUGAGUGUUCCAUUGAAUGCAUUCCUGAGGUGAGGAGGAAGAAGAUCAAUCUAUCUCGUAAAUCUAAAUAUUAUAUGAAGAAGCUACUACCUGAUAGGAGUGGUAUUUGGCUGAAUAGUACUUUACCAUGACACAACAUGGCCGGUGCUCAUCCCUUCAACAAAUCGUUUAGCGAGUUCAAAUUAUAGUCUUGUCGAGAGAAAGAGUGGCAGGUGUUCCGCGUUAAAAUAUUUCACUACAUUUCUCAUCGUGUAAGGAUGUAUUGGAUUUGCCCAUCAAAAUUCCAGAAGGUAACAUACGUUCUCUAAUUGCCUGAAACACGUUUAUUGUGCAUAUUUACAAUGGUGAUAACGUUCAAAGAUAAGGAUACGAGUAAUUAGCUUAA